UUAGAAUGGUAAAUAAUGUUUCACAAAACCUGCAUCACAGGCUUAUUGCUAUUAAAGCCCCUAAUUUUGAUUUUUUUUUUUAUUUCAGAUUUAGUACUUGACACUGCCUCGAAAUAUGUCAGUCUGGCUGAGAAGAAAUUUGAAUAUUCUCGUGCAAGGAAUCCAGUUGAUAAAUGUGAUCGUGGGUAUGUGACCUUCUUGAACGAAGUGCCAUCCCUUUGGGGACAGCAUGGGGUAGACAUCUUGCCUCCUUCGCCAGAGCCGGAUGUGAUACAUUACCUGGACUUACCUGUGAAAAAGCCAGUCCUAGGGAAGGUGUUAUAUGGGACACAAGAGGCAAUGAAACAGUUGAUGACAGAGAAUAAAUUUGAUGAAAAGGAUACAGGGAUUAUUCUCUGUCCAGAGAAAAUGGUGACCAGUGAGAAAUAUGGCUACACAUAUAAAAAGGUUGUCAGCUACGAAAAAAGUUUUUCUCUUGGCCAUGGAGCAUUUGGCAAAGCCGGGGUGAUUGUGGACAAGUCUUCCCAGGCUUCAAUUGUUAAAAAAAAGAUAAAGCGGUCUGCGUUCAGGCCAGAGGAGGUCCUGGUGCCAUUGUAUCUGACACAUCCAUGUCUUAUGGAGAUUCACGGCUGUAUCUUACAAGAAGGCAAAUUUGUUGAAGUUUUCAUGAAUUUUGCCGGAUUUUCCUUCAACAAAGUUGUGGCAGAUGAGAACAUGCGCAAGUUACUAACAGAGCAGAAUAUCAUGGACAUUGGUCGCCAAGGUUACGGUGCUCUGGAUUAUCUCAGACGGAUGCGGGUGAUGCAUUUGGACAUCAAGCCCCAGAAUCUCUGCCUUUCUUGGAACGUUGGUCGUGCUUUUUACGACCUGAAGAUAUGCGACUUUGGGGCCUGCAUGCGCACAGCAGACCCCAUUCAUUCCAAGGGCUGGACCCCAGCCUAUAUGGCCCCGGAACAAUGCCGCUACGUUCUGGACAAGAAGGGGUAUAAGGGGCGAUGGUCUGAAGGAGAGCUGGAAAUCAGUAGCCAAGCGGAUCUGUACAGCUUUGGGAGCUCACUCCUCUAUCUGUGCUUUAGGCUACACUGUAUUCCAAAAUUCUUCCCAUCUCAUAAUGACGUUGAAAUCAUUAUUGGGGUGGCUAGCAACCCGACUGUCCUUCAGAAAUUUGUACUUAACAGCUGGGACCCAAAAUUCAAGGAGGUCCUUCUUAAGUCCUUCUGCGCUCAUCCUCGAGGGCGUCUCUAUCCUGCUCAGGCAAUACAGAUUCUCUCUGGACAUGACCCUUUCUCCUGCCCUGUUACUGUGCCCAUGACUGAUCGAAUUGUCAGGAAGAGAAAGGCCUCCAGCAUGAGUGUAGAAGACAUGGAGGUAGACUCACCCCCACCCCCCAAGAAAAUCCCCACCCAUGUUGAGGAGAUGGAGGAAGAUGUGGACACCCCCGAUGUGAUUAUUAUAGAUGACCCAGAGUCGUUGGAGAAUCUGUCGGUUGGAAGCAGUCCCGCGGGAAACCUUCCUGACCUGGACACUCUGUUUAACUAAGCUGGAGGAUAAAAGUUAACAUUGUUGAGAAGUUACAGCUACCAGUGUUCCGCUAUUGAAACUGUUGGUUUUAUCCUUCACGUUAAUCAAAAGUUUUUUUUCUUUUUUUUUUUGUUUUGUUUUUGUUUUUUUAUUCGCUUCUUUGUGCUGUUCAUGACUGAAAAAUUGUUAAGUACGAUGUUAAACCCAAGGAUUCAUUCAUUCAUUCUGUGCUGAUCAGGUAUCCAUGUCAGUGUUAGGGGCCAAGAUGGUAGCAGGAUACGGACUUUUUCUGAGGAAUUUUCACGAGGGGUGUUUUCUGUUCUGAUCAUGUGACCAUGUUUGUAGAAAAGAACAUUACUGUGUUUGAUCUAAAGUUUAUUCAUCACUAAAUUACUGUGUAGAGUUCUGUUAUUUAUAUUAAUAAAGUUUGGAUUGGAGGGUAGGAAAUUUUAUCAUCAAAAGAUUUUUUUUUUUUUGACCUUUAUUUGGCUGUAUAAAUGAACUAUUGAGAUCAAUUCCUAAAUCAGUGUAAAAGAUGCAUCAAAUAAUUGCAGGUAAAAUAGAUAUGAAUUAUCUUUCCUGACAUUUUUUUUUUUGUUAUGUCACCAAGGUGAUAAAUGUACACAUAGUCCAGUAGAACCUGUCCGUUAUUGUAAUUAAGGUGACUUAUUUUUAAUGGUGUGUUCAAAAAUUUCUGGAUAAACGCCAGCUGUCCAGUUUAUAUACAAGUAGAUGGAUGAAGCAAAACUUAACCAGCAACUUUCCCCAGUUAAAACCUACUGGGGUAAAUCUACCGAAGCUGGGUUUCGAGGACUGAUCCAGUAGAGCAAGACCAAUUCAUUAGCCAGCUUGUUGAUCAUGGACACAUCCAAUAGAGAGAGACCAAUUUUUUAGCCAGCUUGUUGGUCAAAGACUGAUCAUAUACACCAGCUGGUUUGUAUCAGUUGUAGUAUGAGGAGCAUUGUUUAGUAUAUCAACUUGGGACGGUAAUGCUUCAGCCUUUUAGCAAGUGCGUAAGGUAUUUAUUCAAGCAUAUUCUGAAGGUAUUAUUCUGUGUAGAUUGAUAAAAUUAUACUUUGUGUGAAGCCCUGGCAAAUGGUCAGUCCAACUGACGUAUUUUUUUUCUCCCAAGUCAAAAUAUAUGUGUACAUCAAUUGCUCUGAAAGUUGCUUAUUUGGUUGAAGGAUUAGUGUAGAUGUCAUUCAGUGAGUGAGUUAUCUCCAUUAUUCAUAAUAUUAUGUUAUAUCUUUAUGAUAACAGUACUUCUUAGUUAGUCAAAUGGUGCUUAAAAUAGUGCUUAUUGUUGCUUGU